AUGAUGUCAGUUUAUCUAGGGUCUGAAGAUGCGAACAGACGUGUUCGGCCUUCAGAAACCCCAAACUCUUUCCGUGUGCAGUGCAUCAGGCGUUGUGCGCCCAGUUGCGAACAAACUGCAACCAAACAAGCCGCCGUAGAUGCGACUCACCGAGCACACCGAGGGGCGCAAUGGUACGACGACAAGCGUAUAAGAGAGCGCAUGCCGUAUCUAUCAACCUCAGCUCCUCCUCACUCAAGCACAAGAGCCCGGAAGUUGGUACUGGCUGCCUUCUUCUGUUUACGAUCCUUACGCAGUGGUUCUCGUUGACGAUUCCUGUUGCACGUCUGUUCUUCAAGUCCAAUCUCACACUUCCCUGGCAACGGCUCUUACCUACGACCUUUGAUACGAUGCGCACCUCUACUCUGCUCGCGUUCGUCCUCUCUGCGGUGGCCCUUCCGGCGUUCGCGUCGCCCAUCCUGAUUCCACGGAAGUUCUCAGAGGAGACAUACCUCAAGUACCUGCGCGAGUACGUUCACCCACUCCUGCGCUUCCAUCGGAACCAUCUGACAGGCCACACUAGACAUGGCGGCACUCCUCCACUCGCGUCGAACUUCAUUCGCCACGGCCCGGUUACCCAUCCUCACGAGGUGGUCCACCAUGCCAGAGUUGUCCCCGGAGGCUCACAACCUCCUUCGAAGUCGGACCGAAAUGUGGCCUGGGCGUUCUAUCGCCAGUCCUUGUACCACGACGGAGGCGAUAACUACGGCAGACCUACUGGUCAAGGAGGCGCACAUCCUGCUGAAGGCUCGCACCCUCAGUCGAGCGGCCAGCACCCUCAGUCAAGCGGCCAGCAUCCUCAGGCGAGUGGCCAGCAUCCUCAGUCGAGCAGUGGCCAGCAGCACCAGUCGAGCGGCCAGCAGCCCCACAGCGGUCAGUCCUCGGGCCAGAACCAGCACAGCGGCAACUCGCUUCGGUGGUACCCAGCAGGGCCGGCACGGUGCUCACCAGCCCGCUGGGGAAAGUUUCAUCCCUGCUACAAAGAUCCCAAUUAGCAACAGGGUACCGGCACAGGUAGAGCACUUUGGACACUGAGUGAUUGUGGACCCAAAGAGGCCAUGGACUUGACGUUCUCAACGGGCUCUGUAUCUUCAUGGUACUAUGAUAUGAUACAAUGCAAUAGGCCGCCUUGAGGAGCUCA